AUGCUGAUCGAGCACAAGCACCACAAGAAGACCUGGAAACGGAAAGAGAUUGGCAUCAGGCUGCCGAACGCCCCGGUCCUUCUCGCUCUUUUGCAACAACUGGACGGGCCACUGCUAUGCGGCAGCGUACCGUCGGGGGUCCCGGGCGAUGGCGAUUGGGGAGAGGGAAGCGCCUCGGAGCUCGACUACGACAUCGACGAUGACGAUGACGACGUUGAGGGAGAGAGAGUGUCACGAGGUGCCUGGGGUGACGACGCCGCUGUGUCUGGGGACCCUGCCGCGAUCGAGGCGGCGUGGGGGCACGCCGUAGACUUCGUCGUGGACGCAGGACCCCUCGAGGUCGGGGGUUUCAGCACGGUAGUGGACGCCGUAGGCGCGGAGCCAGUGGUGUUGAGAGAAGGACUGGGGGACUCGUCGCUCAUCACCGGUUGACGUUGACGCCUGCACCGCGCAAGAUUUCUAGUGAAGCCACCGGAACCAUGUUCUCGAUAUUCGUGGAUCGCUUAGGCUAUAAUUCUAGUGGCUGCCCUGCCCUCUCAGGACGGAUGUACUGUGCCGUACCCCUGGUUUUGAAGGCGUGGUUUUGGCGAGAACUCAGACGCGCCGAAGGUAGAAUGGCGUUGGGACGGUUAUGGGCUUGGCGGGCGGCGUCGUUCGAUCAUCUUCUGGUAUCUCUAAACUCGGUAUCGGACCGGCGUUUGCGAAUUUCUCAAGCAGAGAUAAUUCAGACCCCGUUGCUUUUCAUCGUUAGUGGGC